UAUGAGCACGCAGCCCGCAUCUGGUCAUUAGUAGUCUGUGCAGGGCUGCAUUUCUUUGUUCUUGUUGUUUUCUGGGAAGAUUCCUAGAAUUGUUUGCGGUUCUUUUACUUUCUAUUUGCUUUUCUCGCAGAUCAAGUGAGGGCACGGGCCAUUCAAUAUUCCUCUUCCUCACAACCUCAGAUAUCAAGCACGCUCCCACCUCUUAUCAUUUCUAUCCGUCUCUUUCCCUCUCAUCAUCUCUCCCUUUAAUCAUCUCUCUUUAAUCUUCUUCUCGACUGUUUUGACCUGUUUCAAGGAUUCCUUCCCCUCUUCACAAAACCGUCAUCUCUCUGUUCUAAUGCACACGCUGCUUUCAGCGGGAGAAAUCCUAGUAUGGAUUCAUUCGCAUUGACAGCACCCGUGGCCCUGAUGGGUACUACGACCCAGGAUGAUCCGUUCUACUGGGACCCAGAUACUCUCUCAAUGGAAUUAUGUUCUCAAUGCCAUCUAUGGGUCAGAAAUCCGGCUGCGUUGGCCGCGAAACUAGCUACUGAAGACAUCGAUGGAAGAACACUACUCACCUACGAGCUUCUUUUUGGAAGGAGAGAGCUGCAGGAAGCUCUCGGCAUAACCACUGCGCGCAGCAAGGCAGGUUUAGCAGAGGCCAUCCUUGGUUUUCAAGCGAAAAGUCAAGGUUUUCGUUCGUGGAAGAAAAAAUGGCUGAAAGAGAGCCGCGAUGCGACCAACCUCGACGAAGAAGGAGGUGACGUCAAAGGCGAGAUAGCCAAUACACCUCCCGUGAAGCCGUAUUCAUAUGCAUCACCAAAUUUAGGCCUACAUGGCAAUCCAGCCAAGCAUGAGACAGACCAAGAGGAAGUGAUGAAUACAAGACAUGUUCAAGAUGUUACAUCCUUCGACAACCUCUUUGCAGAAUUUGACGGGGACUGUAUCAUGCAAACAAUGAAUGGAGACACAGAUCAUUGUGUCAAGGCAGACUCUGCAUCUGCUCCUCCUCUUAAUCUCAUUGAAAGCCCGCCGCCUGCUCAGCAAAGCGAAGAACAGCCUUCUAAGCGGAGACGAUUAGCGCCAACAAACUUGAGCACGAAACCUCUGGCUGAUUCGGAUUCACUUGCAUUAACGCAAACUGUACCAUUAAAUUUGGUGGGCACAAUUGAGAAACAAAGCAAUAAUGACGAGCGUCCCGCUACAGGAAUUCCUCCUGUUUAUGCCUACCUAGGCGAAAAAGGCCGCCAUCGACAAACUGUGCUAUCUCAUGUUGAUUCUCCUGACGUCCCUCACAUCAGUCAUGUCAAGGGCGGAUUUGCCGUCGUGUCUUCAAAAUACACGAUACCUCCUGGGAAAAGGCUUGUCACCAACAGCAUCAUACGAAGGCAAUUGAUCAAAAACUCCAAAAAGGAAGCGGCACUCAAACGGGGUGAUGCUGUUGUUAGAUCCCCGACCCCUUCUAAUAGAAGCGAGUCUGUAGUUGAUCUUGACGACUUGCCGGAUUCUUGGGAUGAAGAGACGCAGCGAGAAAUCGAUGAAGAGAAUGCAGAGACUGCUGCAAGGGAGCGUGAACAGGCCCGCCAAUUCUCCACAGAGCGUGUGGGAUCCAUUUUGAAGGAAGAGAUGGCUGCCAUGGAAGCUAUAUGGAAAGAAACAAAGCUGCCUAAAUACAAUCUCAAAGCCCACCAAAUCUGGAAAAAGUCUAGGCGAGGAGAGAGGACUAAAGAGAAGAUAUUUAAGGCGCGCAGAGAAGUUUCGCGUUAUGAAACGCGAAUAAAGAAGCUUUAUGCCGAAAUACUCGACAACACUUGGCAAACAGAGCGCGAGGUCCGAACACAAGCAAGUGUCAUGGAGCAGAGUUUGAGCGACAAGCUGUAUCACACAUGGCUGCUUGAGCUUCUGGAGCAGCGCGAAGCUCCGCCUAAACCCUCGGAUAUGCCGAAGCCGAAGCCAAAAUUAUCUAUCGCAAAGACUCCCAUGGAUCCUUUCGACGAUGAAGUGCUGACUAGUUCUGAUGAAGAUGAAUUCGUUGUACCUGAUGAAGAGGAAUUCCUUGUGCCUCCUGAUGGCGAUGAAGAUGAAUUCAUUGUGCCUGAUGAUGGCGAUGAAGAUGACUUGUUCAUGGCCGACAGAGAGCCUUUUGAAGAUGUUCCCCAAUCACUACCAUUUCGGCCAAGUCACAUACCAUCUGAUAUUGAAUCUGACAUGGUCAUCGAUCUUACGCUUCUGGAGUCUGAUGAACAAAUCACAGACAGUAAAUCGGCGAUACAAUACAUUGAUCUGACAUCUCCGGUUAAACGUGAAGUGCGAGAAGCUGGUGUCAUCGCAGAAAAGUCAUUGCUAGCAAUCGUUUUGCCCGAAGAGGUACCGCCUAUGGAUCAUCUGGGAAGCCUACAGACCAUCGGUGAACAUUCUCCAAGGCACUGGGCAAAGCAGAAAGAUCGUUGGAGAUUGGUUCUCUGUCUGCUAUGGAAGCUUCCACAAACUCGCCGUGAAUGGAUUCUUCGACUAAUGCAAGACAAUACAGCAGAAGAUGCUUGGCAGGCCUCGAUACACUCCCACCAAACGAAUCCUCUUGCCCAAGAGUCUGAUAUUGGAAAAGAAGAGACAACGACCGUUGCAUUUGAUGUCACAAAACUCUUCUUGAGCUGCACGCGGUGCCGUCAAUGCAUAGAUAAGCGAGUCGUGGCUUUGGACAAGACAGACAAGAACAGAAUCAAUCGCGCAAAGGCUUUCUUCUCUACUUUCCAUGCGUUUAUCAAAGAGUGGGCGCCCCAAUUCCCACAGAGCAACCAAAUUUACAGAACCGAUGCCUUUGACGACGAAAUAGGGCUAGACGAAGCUGAUGAGCAUCAGCUUGGCGUUACCGAUACGCCCUCAAAGGUGCGCAAACACGUGGUCAAAGAAAUUAUCCAAAAUAAAGAGGGCGUUGCUCUUCGAGAACGAGAGAUGAAACGUGCUGCAGAGAUUGAGGCUCGCCGAGAGAAAGUGCGAGCUACUCUGGCAAACUCAAACGCUCUCUCUGUGGAUAAGUCUCGAGUCAUUAUAAACGAAAGCAAGGAGGACGAUCAACCAUUCAUUUAUGUGAAUGAUGAUAUCGGACAGCGCAUAAAGGAUCAUCAGAUCAAUGGAGUGCGGUUUCUGUGGGACCAAAUUGUCCUCGACGCAAAGGAGCGAAAGACUCGCCAGGGCUGUCUCCUCGCUCACACCAUGGGCCUGGGGAAAACGAUGCAAGUCAUCACAUUUCUGGUAGCUGUGACCGAGGCUGCAAACUCAGAUGAUGAAUCUGUGCGUUCACAGGUUCCCCAAGAGCUCAGAAAGUCGCAGUCACUUAUCCUAUGCCCCGCUGGCCUGGUUGAUAACUGGCUCGACGAGAUAUUGAUGUGGUCGCCCAGAGGCUUACUCGGCAAUGUGUUCAAAGUCGAGUCAGCUCAGAAAGUGGAUGAACGCAUGUCAAUUAUCAAGACCUGGGAGCGAGAUGGCGGAGUGUUGGUUGUUGGGCACAAAUUGUUUGAACGGUCAAAAAACGACAUGCGGGAGAUACUUACACAGUCGCCCAACAUGGUGAUAUGUGACGAGGCCCAUGUGAUGAAGAAUCCGGAAUCGAAUAUUCACCGAGCUUGCCAGGAAUUUCGCACUAGAAGCCGAAUUGCCUUGACCGGCUCGCCGCUGUCCAACAAUGUCGAAGAGUACUAUUGGAUGAUCAACUGGGUGGCGCCGAAUUUCCUCGGCCCUGAACAAGAAUUUCGAGACAUAUACGGCAACCCAAUCCAUUGCGGCCUGUGGCAUGACAGUACAAGGGAAGAAAAACGAAAAGCCCUGAAAAUGCUGGAAGUAUUGAAGCUCAAUGUAGCACCCAAAGUGCAACGAGCCACCACUCAGAGUGUCAAACAUGAGCUGCCUGCCAAGUACGAAUUCGUCCUAUUCGUUGAGCCAACCCCCACUCAGAAACUACUCUACAACCUCUACUUGGCCGAAAUGGCGCCGUAUUUGGCGGACUCGAAACAGGCAAAGGUAUUUGGCGCCACAGAUCACCUCAGGCUCAUCUGCAAUCAUCCUCGUUGCUUCAGGCAAAAGGUGUUGGAAAUGUCAUCCAAGGCAGAUGUGCCAGGAUCAUCAAGGACACCAGCAGCGGCACAGUUGAAAGAACCCGACGAAAACGAAGACGACACAGACGACGAUUGCAUUGCUAAGACCAAAGCUCCGGCGAUAACCUUUCCCCAGAGUAUGAUUUCUAGUGUUCUUAAGGAGACAAGCAAGGCUGAUAAUGCCAAUCCUGCUCUGUCACGAAAAGUUGAGCUUCUUCUGAUGAUUCUGGAUGAAGCACGUGCCAUAGGAGACAAGGUCCUCGUAUUUAGCCAAUCCCUACUUACGUUGGAUUAUCUCGAAAACUUGUUCAAGGAGCAGAGGCGUACGGUAUGUCGCCUAGACGGUUCCACGGCCGCAUUCAAGCGGCAGGAGCAGAUCAAAGCUUUCAAUACUGGAAAGCAAGAGAUCUAUCUUAUUUCCACAGGGGCUGGUGGCGUUGGUCUUAACAUUUACGGUGCCAACCGUGUUGUCAUCUUCGAUUUCAAGUGGAAUCCGGUGACAGAGCAACAAGCGGUGGGACGAGCCUACCGAUUUGGGCAAGAAAAGACGGUAUACGUCUAUCAGUUUGUCGUUUCAGGAGCUUUUGAGGAGGCAUUGCAAAACAAGACUGUUUUCAAGAUGCAACUCGCGUCACGCGUGGUAGACAAGAAGAAACCCGUUAGCUGGGGAAAGCGAGUAGGGGAGUUGCUUCAGCCAAUAAAACCGAAGCCAGCCAAGGACCUCGGAGUCUUAAAAGGUCGAGACAGAAUACUGGACAAGCUCAUCGAGCAUGCUCAACCUGGAGGUACCAUUCGCGAAAUCAUCUCGACAGAUACAUUUGAAGAAGAAGAUCCCACCAAUGAACUGACAGCUGAAGAGCGAAAAGACGCCCAAGAGCUGCACGACUUGGAGCGGAUGAGGCACACCAACCCUGAGAAGUACAGGAUGAUGCUGGACCAGAAACAAAGAGCAGAACAGAUUCGAGCGAUGGCUGAAGCCGCCAGGCCCUCUAGGGUUGAUAUGGCCGCUGUCAACGCACGCUUGAUGGAGGACUUGUAUAUACCACAGUUGAGUCCGUCAUCGGGCCUUGCUCAUGACGAUACAGCGGCAUCAAACAUAAACACUAUGCCGGUUACGCAAACACAGGCAGAUGGUGUCAUGCCACUUGGCCCUCAAGCGCACAUGCCGCAGUUUUCGUCGUCAGCCCCGUUACCAAUGACCGGGGCAAACACACAUAUCCUGAAAUCUAAUGCUCCAUCUAUCUUUCCAAUAACGCCAUCGAAUGGUGCAGCAAGGGAAAUGGGACAAGCAGUAGGAUCAACGUCAACAGUUGCGGCACUUGCGACUAACACAGGGGCAUCGUUGUUCAGCCAGCCUCGAAGUCAUGCUAAGGUCGAUUUCGAGAAAGAGUUGGCUAAAAUGAUAGAAGCUCAUUCAGAAAUCAAAGAUAAUCCGCCUGACGUAGCAAGAAUGCUUACCGAGGGGAUUACCGUGGCCCAAAAAGCACAGGGCCAUGGGUUUCUCCCAGACGACGCUCGAUGGCGCCUCCUGCUGAGCCAUAUACGAAAUAAUCGCCGGUUUAUGCUUGCGAUAGUAUUGGGCCAUUGCACUCCAACAUACCUAGCAACAGCGCCGGAAGAGGAAAUCCAAAAUAGGAUCGCAAUUAUGAACGGUCAUUCGGAGAAGGACUUUUUGGCCCAAUUGAGACGGGUAUUUGAGACACCUGACCCAAGUGUAGGUUUGUCAUUAUUUUCUUCCUAUUGAUGUUUUCCUCCUGGCCGUGUUUGAUAUCCUCUCUUGUGCUUACACCGGGGU